AUGUAUAAAAACGUGUCCGAAAUUGAUACUGAAUUUCCUCCUGGGGAUCCAGAGAAUCCCAGGAACUGGCCAAUUUGGAAACGAGUGACUGUUUCUACCCUGUCUAUCUUGGGCGCUUUCUGCAUGACGUCUGCAAAUUCCAUAUAUCUUGCAGCAAUCCCAGAUGUCAAGGCCGAAUUUCAUGUCAGCCUCACUAAGGCCAUAUUGCCAAUUACGCUCUUCACAAUUGGCCUGGCUCUUGGACCUGUUGUGUCAGCAGCAGUUUCCGAGAUCUAUGGACGCAAACCUGUGUAUUGGUUGUCCCUAGUGUGUUCAAUUGCCUUCACCGUUGUUGCGGGAUCCGCCACGAGCUGGGCAGCUCUAGGAGCCGGGCGGCUCCUUUCGGGGAGUCUUGGGGGACCUCUGGUCGCUAUCGUGGCGGGAACUAUCAAUGACAUCUGGGACACGUCGAGAGAGGACCUAGGGAACACCUUUUAUGGGGUCUUUGCCGCUUCACUGAUCUGGGGAACUGAAGUCGGGCCAGUUAUUGGACAUUCUAUCAAAGAAGAUACCAGGAACUGGCGGUGGACUUUUUGGCUUACAGCGAUCCUUCUCGGUGUUUCGUGCAUGUCGAUAUUCUGCCCUGAGACUUAUGGGCCGCAGAUCCUUCGUUACAGGGCCAAGAAAAGGGGUGCUCCGCUACCUCGACGGGGUUCCUUGACACAUGUGCUCAAGGCGGCGGCUGGCCGUCCGCUGCAUAUGCUCGUUGUAGAGCCCAUUAUUGCACCUACUUCAUUCAUCUCAUCCAUAUCUCUCUGCGUCGUUUUUUUCUUCUACAUUGCGUUCCCCAUGGUUUUCGAACGACUGCAUGGCUUUUCCCGGUAUCAGAGUGGAUUGGCCUUUCUAUCGUUGCUCAUUGGAAGUAUCUUAGGGCUUGUAUACAUGACCAUUGUGAACAAGGCCAAACAUCGCAAAGCAAAAGAUAUAAUGCGGCAGCAUGGUAUUCCAAUGCAGCCCGAGGAGCUCUUGUAUCCUGCGAUGCUGGGCGGUGUACUCCUCCCGGUGUCUCUUUUCUGGUUUGCAUGGACUGCUUACGCGUCGAUCCAUUGGGUGGUCCCCUUGCUUGCUGGAAUUCCAUUCGGCGCUGCCUAUUUUCUCGUUAUGCUCGGGUGGCCAUUAUAUAAAAAUUCCGUCUAUGGAAAUCGGUUCGGUGCGUCUGCUUUGGCUGCCGAGGGCUUUAUGCGUUACGGUAUGGCAUGCGUGGUGCCUUUGUUCUCGGUCCAGAUGGUGGACCGAAUUGGAAUCCAUUGGUCAGUUUCCAUUGCAGCAUUUAUCUCGCUCAUAUUAGUACCAAUUCCGUGGGUGAUAUACAAAAUUGGACCUCGCCUACGGCGGCGAAGCCGAUAUGUUCCGACUCAUGAGGGAAACUUGCGCAGUUCCCUGGAGGAUAGCAUAGAGGCGAGAGUGUAG